AUGGGUCUGAACGCAGAGAUCUAUUACAUCCGAUUUGGGAAAGUGAAUGAUUAUGCGCUUAAGUUUAUGGUAACGGUUCCCACAGAGAUGUCUGAUCUGCACUUUACGUGGUCUACAGCCGUACCAAUGGUUGAAUACAGUAUUGGAUUCCGAGUGAGUGAUAGCGAAGCACUUGAGACACCAAAAAUCAAUAUAUCAGAUGUCGGUUACGUUCCCAACAGAGAACAGGGUCUGAACGCAGAGAUCUAUUACAUCCGAUUUGGGAAAGUGAAUGAUUAUGCGCUUAAGUUUAUGGUAACGGUUCCCACCGAGAUGUCUGAUCUGCACUUUACGUGGUCUACAGCCGUACCAAUGGUUGAAUACAGUAUUGGAUUCCGAGUGAGUGAUAGCGAAGCACUUGAGACACCAAAAAUCAAUAUAUCAGAUGUCGGUUACGUUCCUAACAGAGAACAGGUGUUUCGCGUAUCGCUUAUAUGUACGAAGAAAACUAGCGCUGAAGUAGAAGUGCAGAUAAUGAUGAACAUCACAAUGCCUUCGCACAUGUCCUCCAAUCGCACGGAACUCAUUCUGAAGAGGAAGAAAAUCUGUAGAAAAAGCGACAUAAAAAUGAUAACAAAAGAAAAAGAUGUCACAAAAAUAGACGACAAGUUGAGAGCGGAUUUACAGCCGAUGUCGGGGAACAGUGCUUACGAGUCGUCGACCGGCGCUCUGUCUAUAAUAGUCGCCUGUGCCUCGGGUUUCAUACUAGUUGUCGCACUUCUCGCACUUUUAUGUUAUUUUCUUUACGUCAGAUCUCAGAAGGGAAGGCAAACACCCGAUGGAGAUUUUACCGGAAGUCUAACAAACAUGUCGUCCACAAAGUCCGGACAAAUUUAUUUCCGAGUCGAAACACCAAACAAUCCGACCAUUCAUAAGAAUGCGAGCCAUUACUCAAGUUUCAAAGGCUUUUUGAACGCACCGCCCGUUUCUCUAUACCGUACUCUCUCAGUGCCCGCGCAUAUAAUGCACGGCUCCCACAGCGCGGCCAACAGAUCAAGCGAUGCGAUGAGCGAUCGGUCCAAUGAAUUGGCGAUCGAGAGAAGGAAAAUACUUAUACAACAAAAACUAAAUGAGGGAACCUUUGGUCAGAUAUAUAGCGGUCUCUUUGUGGCCGACUUUAACGACAUGAGUGCUGAGUCCAAGAUUAUGAUUAAAACAGUCUCAGACCAGGCGUCGAGAGUACAGAUUUCACUCAUUAUGACCGAAGGAAUGCGGUUUUAUUCGCUAAAACACCGCAACCUUCUCAGCAUAAUCGGCACGUGUACUGAUGACCCCAAACGGCCGCUCCUUAUCUAUCCUCACAUGAAUAGCGGAAAUCUGAAACUUUUUCUCCAGAAAUCGAGUUCUCAUAAGUAUCCAAAUGACGGACAAAUUCAAACAUUUUUGACUCAGGAUUUGGUCCAAAUGGCCGUUCAAAUCGCAUCCGCUAUCAUUUAUUUGCACAAAAGGCGUCUAAUUCAUCGAGAUUUGGCCACAAGAAACUGUUUCGUCCAAACUUUAGAUCAAAAUUCAUUUCUAGUCAAAGUAUCGGAUAACGCGCUCUCGAGGGAUUUAUUUCCAAACGAUUACCAUUGUUUGGGAGACAAUGAGAACCGACCCCUUAAAUGGUUAGCGUUAGAAAGUCUGGUGAAGAAAGAGUUCACACAAUUCAGUGAUGUGUGGAGUUUUGGUGUAACACUUUGGGAACUCAUGACAUUAGGACAACAGCCGUACUUCGAAGUCGAUCCC